AUGAGGGGCCCCAUCUCCCUUCCCCCUCGGACAGCACCUCCUUUCCCCCUUCCAUCACCCCAUCACACACCUUCCCCCCUGGCCGCCUCUUCCCCUACCCCUUGCACUCACCUCCCUUUCGUGAGGGACCCCAUCUCCCUUCCCCCUCGGACAGCACCUCCUUUCCCCCUUCCAUCACACCCCUUCCCCUCUGGCCGCCUCUUCCCCUCCCCCAUGCACUCACCUCCCUUUCGGACCCCAUCUCCCUUCCCCCUCGGACAGCACCUCCUUUCCCCCUUCCAUCACACCCCUUCCCCCCUGGCCGCCUCUUCCCCUCCCCCAUGCACUCACCUCCCUUUCGUGAGGGACCCCAUCUCCCUUCCCCCUCGGACAGCACCUCCUUUCCCCCUUCCAUCACACCCCUUCCCCUCUGGCCGCCUCUUCCCCUCCCCCAUGCACUCACCUCCCUUUCGUGAGGGACCCCAUCUCCCUUCCCCCUCGGACAGCACCUCCUUUCCCCCUUCCAUCACACCCCUUCCCCCCUGGCCGCCUCUUCCCCUCCCCCAUGCACUCACCUCCCUUUCGGACCCCAUCUCCCUUCCCCCUCGGACAGCACCUCCUUUCCCCCUUCCAUCACACCCCUUCCCCCCUGGCCGCCUCUUCCCCUCCCCCAUGCACUCACCUCCCUUUCGGACCCCAUCUCCCUUCCACCUCGGACAGCACCUCCUUUCCCCCUUCCAUCACACCCCUUCCCCCCUGGCCGCCUCUUCCCCUCCCCCAUGCACUCACCUCCCUUUCCACCUCCUUUCCCCCUUCCAUCACACCCCUUCCCCUCUGGCCGCCUCUUCCCCUCCCCCAUGCACUCACCUCCCUUUCGUGAGGGACCCCAUCUCCCUUCCCCCUCGGACAGCACCUCCUUUCCCCCUUCCAUCACACCCCUUCCCCCCUGGACGCCUCUUCCCCUCCCCCAUGCACUCACCUCCCUUUCGUGAGGGACCCCAUCUCCCUUCCCCCUCGGACAGCACCUCCUUUCCCCCUCCCAUCACACCCCUUUCACCUCUGGCCGCCUCUUCCCCUCCCCGAUGCACUCACCUCCCUUUCGUGAGGGACGACAUGUCCCUUCCCCCUCGGACUGCACCCCCUUUCCCCCUCCCCAUCACUCCCCUUCCCCCCUGGCUCCCUAUUCCCCUCCAAUAUGCACUCACCUCCCUCUCCCCCCUUGCGCCUCCCUCUUCGUGCCCUUCUUCCUCUCCUUGUGCCCUUACUACUCCCAUUCCGCUCAUCUCUAACAUUAUUCCGCCCAUCCCUGACAUCAUUCCGCCCAUCUUUAUCAUUCAACAGCACAUCCCCAACAUUAUUCCGCCCAACUCUCGCAUUAUUCCGCCCAUCCCUAACAUUAUUCUGCCCAUCCCUACUUAG